AUGGCGCCUCCAAAGUCUUUCUUCUCUGUGGUGCUUCUCGCACUUGCAGCUACAGCCACUAAUGCUGCUGCACCCAAGUUAACCUGGGGAAGAUGCCCCGCUACGAUCCCGCCGGGCGUUGACUGCGCAAAGAUCAACGUUCCUCUUGCAUAUCAAAACGGCAAUUCCACAACUGCCAAAGGCAACGGCACCGUUGCACUUGGUCUUGUACGCCUCAAUCAUACCGGUAAAGGCGAAAAGCAAGGUUCUCUAUUCUUCAACACAGGUGGUCCUGGUGCAUCUGGUGCCCUCGUCGUCGCAGGAAGUCCCUACGUUUCAGCGAUAUCAUUCUCUGAUGAGCUUCGAGACGCGUACGACAUUAUCGGUCUUGACCCUCGCGGAGUAGGCAUCAGUACCCCUGUCCAAUGCGAUCCCAAAGUCUUCAACAAACGCGUCAAGACUUAUGUCACGACUGAUGAGGAGUAUGACGAUCUCUACGAUUACAGCCGAGAGGUCGGCCAGAGCUGUGCGAAUUUGACCGGUCCACUGAUCAACCAUCUUGAUACCGUCCAUGUCGCCAAAGACCAUGAACUUGUGCGCAAGGCUCUUGGGGAUUCGAAGUUCAACUACCUCGGUCUUUCUUACGGUACUUUCCUCGGUUACACGUUUGCGUCUUUGUUCCCUGGAUCUGUCGGUCGAAUGGCCCUUGAUGCAAUUGUCGACCAUUCGCAAUCCGAGAUAGGAGCCCUCCUUGCAGAAAGCACAGGCUACGAAACAACCCUCAACCAGUUUUUCGAUUGGUGCGACAGGAAUUCAACUUGCGCUCUUCACGGCAAGAAUUCAAGCCGCAUAUGGGAUCAGGUUCUUGAGAAAGCGGACUCGAAGCCUAUCUCAGCACCAAGCUGUAACGGUACCUGUCGCUCCGACGUGACUGGUGAGGAAAUUCGCUACAAUGCGCAAAGCUUUUUGACAUUCCAAUAUCUCGACUUCGGCCCUAACUGGUUCGACCUUGCCGAUGCUCUCCUCCAAGCCAGUAGGGGCAAUGCAACAGCUCUAUCUACGUCCACACCCAAUACACGUAUCGUUCAAGACCCUAGUGGCUCUCCCUAUAACUACCUCGCCAUCGGAUGUCAAGACUGGCUUCAUCGGUCGAAAACGUCGGUCGACCUACGUCAAAAGCUCCUUAAUGCUGUCACCUUUGCAUCACGAACGCUCGGCAUGUCGCAAACCUACUACUACGAAAGCACAUGUAUAGGGUGGCCUGCGCCGUUGACGAACCCCCAAGGUCCUAUUGCGAGUGACAUCGAGUAUGCGCCGACAAUACUUCUUGCGGCCUCGGUAUAUGAUCCCGAGACAAGCGUCACGAAUGCCGAAGGAGUCAGGGAGCAGUUGACAAAAAGAGUAAGCAUUACGAGGAAUGGAGCUGGACAUACGAGUCAUUACCUACAGGGGGAGACAAGCCAGGCUAUGGAUCGGUACCUGGCUACUGGCAAGUUGCCUAGGGAUGGUACUGUCUACGCGAAUUAG